AUGGCAUUAGUUUCAGCAACUCCAUAUUUAGCUUUGCUAAGUGAACAAGAUCCAAGUUUAAAAUCAUACGCUUUAACAUCAUUAAAUGAAAUAGUAGAUCAAUUAUGGGCGGAAAUUGCUAAUAAUAUAACUGAUUUAGAAGAGUUAUAUGAAGACAAGUCUUUUGAAAAGAGGGCUUUGGCUGCAUUGAUUAUUUCUAAGGUUUACUAUAACUUGGGGGACUUCGAAGCUUCGGUUAAAUAUUCGCUCUUUGCAGGAGAUGAAUUCAAUAUCGAGGAGCAAUCGCAAUAUAUUGAAACAAUUGUAUCUCAAUGUAUUAAUCUUUAUACGUCUUUGUCUCAAAAGAAAUAUGAGGAUAAGACUGUGGAAGUUGAUACCCAAUUGACCGGUAUUUUCGAGAAGAUGGUGGAAAAGUGUAUUAAAUCAAAUGAAUUGAAGUUGGCAUUGGGCAUUUCAUUAGAAAGUUACAGGUUGGAUAUAGUCCAAUCAAUCUUGAAGGAACAAAUUAAGAUAAAUGAAGAAGUUUGCUUGAACUUAAUAAACUAUGUUCUUGUUUGUUCGAAUUCGGUAAUUAAGAACAGCAAUUUCAGAAGUGAUGUAUUGAAUUCAUUAAUUGAAUUACUAUUAUCAUUAAAAACUAACCAAGAUUUUUUUACCGUUUUUAAAAUUAUAGUGCAAUUGAACGACUCUAAAAUGGCUAUUCAACUUUUCAGGGAAUUAAUCAAAACUAAGGAGAACUUAAUAGCUUAUCAGGGUGCUUUUGAUUUAGUAAGUACUGCUUCUCAAGAGUUAUUGGACAAUACCAUUACUGAGUUGAAAAAUGAUGAAUCAUUUGGAGCUACUGAACCUGCUCAGGCAAGAUUAUUGCAUAUUUUAAGCGGUGUUCCAACCUGUGACUUGGAUAUAACAUUCUUGUAUAAGAAUAACAAUACUGAUAUUUCUAUUUUGAAUAAAUCGAAGAACUUAUUGGAAGGUAGAAGUUCUAUAUUCCAUUCUGCAGUUACAUUUGCCAAUGCAUUCAUGCACGCUGGUACUACCGAUGAUUCUUUUUCAGAAAAACUUAGAAUGGUUAGGUAA